AUGGCGACGGAUUCCUCGUCGUCGUCGGCAGCCGCCGCGGCGGCGGCGGCGUUGCCGUCCUACGCGAAGGUGGUGGACGCGUACCGGAAGGCGGUGGGCACGGCGGCCACGGCGACCGCGUACGUCGUGCUGGCGCGCGGCAUGGCGCGGGAGCUGCUCCCCCACGACCUGCGCGCCGCGGCGAGCUGGGCGGCGUCCCUCCUCCGCGCCCGCCUCGAGACCCGCCCCGCCGAGCGCCGCACCCUCGUCAUCAAGCGCGCCCUGGGGUCGUCCCGCCACGACGGCGACGGCGGGCUCUUCGACGAGGUGCGCCAGUACCUCGCCACCCGGAUCGACCCGCACUCCAUGCGCCGCCUCUGCCUCAGCGGCGGCGUCUGCGGCGCCACGAAGAUCCUGUCGAUGGAGCACGGCGACUCCAUGACCGACGUCUUCGAGGGCGUCGAGUUCACGUGGGCGUCCGUCGCGGGGGACGGCCGGCACGCGGGCUUGUCGGAGUCGCUGGAGCUCAGCUUCGACGCCGAGCACACGGACAUGGCGCUCGGCAGCUACGUCCCGUACAUCACGGCGUCGGUGGAGGAGGCGCGGCGCCAGGACCGCGCGCUCAGGAUCUUCAUGAACGACGUGUCGCACUGGCAAGGCAUCAACCACCACCACCCGGCCACGUUCGACACGCUCGCCAUGAACCCGGAGCUCAAGCAGUCCGUCGUCGCCGACCUCGACCGCUUCCUCAAGCGGAGGGACUACUACCGCCGCAUCGGCAAGGCGUGGAAGCGCGGGUACCUGCUCUACGGCCCGCCCGGCACCGGCAAGUCCAGCCUCGUCGCCGCCAUGGCCAACUACCUACGCUUCAACCUCUACGACCUCGACCUCUCCGAGGUGCGCGGCAACACGAUGCUGCAGCGGCUGCUCAACACCAUGACCAACAGGUCCAUCCUCGUCAUCGAGGACAUCGACUGCUGCUUCACCGCCGCGUCGCGGGAAGUUGGCAAAGAUCACGCCGGCGAGGCCGUGGCGGAUGAUGAUUCUGAGGAGGAUAGCACACCAGAGCCCUGGGACACGCCGCAGCCUCAGCAGAAGCAUAACAUUACUCUCUCGGGACUGCUCAACUUCAUCGACGGGCUGUGGUCGACGAGCGGCGAGGAGCGCAUCAUCGUCUUCACCACCAACUACAAGGAACGCCUGGACCCGGCGCUGCUCCGGCCGGGGCGCAUGGACAUGCACGUCUACAUGGGAUACUGCGGCUGGGAGGCCUUCAAGACGCUGGCCCACAACUACUUCCUCAUCGACGACCACCCAACGUUCCCGGCGAUACAGGAGCUGCUCUCGGCGGUGGAGGUGACGCCGGCCGAGGUGUCCGAGAGGCUGCUGCGGAGCGAGGACGCCGACGCCGCGCUCCAGGGCGUCGCCAAGUUCCUCGGAGAAAAGAAGCAGGAAAUUGGUGAAGGGAACUAGCCACCAGUCGUAUCGAGCCAUCAAGAACCACCGAGUCAGCGAGGAAAGAAGCCUUCUUUUGCGUUGCAAGAUUAAGCUAUGUGUUCUGAAAUGCUGAUGAUCUAGUCCUGAUUUCUUUCUCCUGCAUUAGCUGCAAGCCUGCAACUGCUGUGCUGCCAGUUCUCCAGUAGUCGUCGUCUUCUAAAAUUUAGGAACUGAUUUGGCUAAUCAGUCUACGAUGAUCCACUGUGUUCUUUGUUUUGUAACAUGAAACUAUCAGGUCUGUCACUUGCUACUUUGCUAAUGCUGGUGCCAACAUUUUGUAUGUAGCCACCUUCUGGUGCUUGUGCAAUAUGGACGUGUGAUCAAGUAGGAGUAUGUGUUUUCCCCUUGUAGCUGAUGUCUUGAAAAUGGCUAUAAGAUCUGAAU